CCUAAAAGAACCCACCCUGAUCUGUAUACAGAUGAUCAGUAUAUAAACCCUUGCAACUCAGUAACAAAGAGAUACUGGAAUAAGUGGACUGAGCACUGAAGCAAGCUGAAGGAUGUGGACGUUGAAGACAGCACUGUUGGUGUCACUCUUAGCUUUUGUUUUUGCCAGACCAUUUUAUCCAUGGAAUGUAAAUAAAUGUCUGCGAAUAAACUGCAACAGUUCAGACAAGAGUGAUUCAGAUUCAUCUUCUGAAUCUGAUAUGUCUGAGUCCAGGGAAUCUAGUGGUUUUGGAAGCAGCGACUCUAGAUCCAGUCAGUCUUCAUCAUCUGAGGAGGAUUUUCUCACCACUGCUGAACCAGAGACCAUGAGCAGUGUUACUGCUGAACCAGAGACCAUGAGCAGUGUUACUGCUGAACCAGAGACCAUGAGCAGUGUUACUGCUGAACCAGAGACCAUGAGCAGUGUUACAGCUGAACCAGAGACCAUGAGCAGUGUUACUGCUGAACCAGAGACCAUGAGCAGUGUUACAGCUGAACCAGAGACCAUGAGCAGUGUUACAGCUGAACCAGAGACCAUGAGCAGUGUUACAGCUGAACCAGAGACCAUGAGCAGUGUUACUGUACUACCUCCAGUGUUCACAGAGGGACACAUCACAUGUUUUACCGUGCAUAAGGAAACUGAGCCUAGAGGAGACAACUUUCAGUUGUUAAACUGAAAACUUAAAAUUUUAGGAAAGUCACACGAAUGUUUAGAUCAUUUACUAGUGAUUUGCUUGUUUGAUCUAGCAGGUUAAAAUGUAAUUUUUUUUGUUUUGUUUUAUUGCACCUUAUGUUAUAUAUACAUUUUUUUACAGUAUCAUUAUUAUACUAAAGGUUACAUACUGCACUACACUACACACAUGUGGUAGACUCAAAUAUUUUCAUUGCUCUUUUGAUCUUGUAUGUUACAUGAAAUAAAAUUGCGGAAAGAAGUCUAGCAACUGGCAAAUGUAUCCUGCAUUUGGUUCUAGACCAAAACUGAGGUUGAUGACUCAAGUCACAAUGAAAAUAACCCAGCAAGUUUCAUGAGUAAUAAAACCAGGUUUUGUUUUUGUAACAAACAAAAACCUAAGCGCAAAUAAACAUUUGUUUUAAUUAUUUCAAAUGGUAACUAGCUGACAUGAUGCAGAUAGACUUUACUAUUCAGAAUGAAUGUAAGUUUUGACUUGAGACCGACUGCCUAUUGAGUAUAUGAGUAUAAUGAGUUUAUAUGAUGAGUAUAAUGAUGAACAUAAAUCAAUUCCUCCUUAGAUCAGUUCUUUACUGGGUGUGUAAAUGUUAAUAAUAUUAUUGAACUUGUAAUAUUUUAACCGCCAUUUUUUUUUUGCACUUGUACUCUUUCUAAUUUCUGCUGUGGUUCAGAAAAAAACUAUCAUAUGUGUGACUCCAUUUCAUGUAAAAUCUUUCAAUAAACUAAAAUUUGUAAUCAAUCUGGAU